UCUGACUAGCUCUGGACAGCUCAAAAUAUCCUACUGUCUACUGUCGAUUUCAUUUUUUUUUUUUUUUAAUCUUUUGAUAGGGCUAUCAUUUUUCAUCAUAAAAUCGUCUCGUCCUUUUACCCCUCUGUGGUUGUCCUUUCGCCAACUUCCUUUCUCUUGUAGCUACAAAAAAACUUGGAAAACGGGUCAAGCUUUUCCGAAAUAUGGAAGGAGAAUCCAGUCCGAAUUCGAAUUCUAAGGCUCCUUUGUUAGUAAAUCAAAGAAAGGGAAGCGGCAGACUGAGUCGAGGCUCACUCAGAGACGAGUUUUUAUCAAGAUUGCCUGAUAAGCUUCGUUCUGGACUUGGUGUUGAUGUUGAAUCUCCUUUUCAUAUUGAUUUGUCCAAAACCAAAGAACUGUCCAAAGGUGCAAGAGAGUAUUACGAGAGACAAUUAGAUACCUUGAAAUCAUUCGAAGAAGUUGAUUCUCUGGAGGUAGAUGGCAUUGUCGACGAGGAAGACGAUGAAGAACACCGGCAAGCUGAAUGGGCCAUGCGAAUAUCCAAUUAUGCAAAUAUUCUACUCUUAGCAAUUAAGAUUUAUGCUACAGUAAGAAGUGGGUCAAUAGCCAUUGCUGCAUCAACAUUAGAUUCUUUGCUUGAUCUCAUGGCUGGUGGAGUACUUUGGUUCACUCACCUAUCUAUGAAAAGCAUAAAUAUAUACGACUACCCUAUUGGAAAAUUAAGGUUGCAGCCUGUGGGUAUAAUCAUCUUUGCUGCGAUUAUGGCUACACUCGGGUUUCAGAUAUUGAUCCAGGCUGUUGAAGAACUAGUUAAAGAUGAAGCCACUGAAAAGAUGUCCUCAAAUCAAUUAAUGUGGCUCUACAUAAUCAUGAUUACUGCCACUGUGGUGAAGCUGGCACUUUGGCUUUACUGCAGAAGCUCAGGAAACAAGAUUGUUCGCGCUUAUGCAAAGGAUCACUACUUUGAUGUAAUAACGAAUGUAGUAGGUUUAGUUGCAGCUGUUCUUGGUGAUAAGUUCUACUGGUGGAUAGACCCUGCUGGUGCUAUUUUACUUGCCAUUUACACAAUAUCAAAUUGGUCUGGAACUGUUUUUGAAAAUGCAGUUUCACUUGUUGGACAAACAGCCCCUCCUGAAGUCCUGCAAAAGUUAACAUAUCUUGUCAUAAGGCAUCCUCAAGUUAAGCGCGUUGAUACUGUCCGUGCUUACACCUUUGGUGUUCUUUACUUUGUCGAGGUUGACAUUGAACUCCCAGAAGAAUUGCCUUUGAAAGAAGCACAUACUAUCGGAGAGACUUUACAGAACAAAAUUGAGAAACUGCCAGAAGUUGAGAGGGCAUUUGUUCAUCUUGAUUUUGAGUGUGAACACAAACCAGAGCACUCUGUUCUUAGCAGGCUACCCAACAGUCAACCUUAAUUAAUACCUUAUAUAAAUGUACACAUUUAUAUAUUUGUGUAUCGCUAGUGUAAAAUGCACCUUUAUUGAAAUUAUGCUUUUGGUGGUCUAAAUUAUUGGUUGUUUCAAUGAGAGAUUUCUAUGAAUUUGGUUCAUCCUCUUUCAA